UUUUAAACGUUUGAUAAAUAUGACUUCAAUUUCUCUCUCCUCUUUCUCUCUCUACAUAUCUCUCUCCUCUUUCUAUCUCUAGAUAUCUCUAAUAUCUUAAAGGUAAUGUCAACCACCUUCACCUUCAUCGGACCGCUACCGGAACCACCCUAACAUCACUGACACCACCCUAACAUCGCCGGAACUACUAGACGAGUGCGUCUUCCCUCUCCCUGGAUCUGUUUGCUCGUCACCUCCCUCCGCUUACCACCAUCAGCCACCUCCUCCGUCUCCCUUCUUCCUGAAUCGUUACCAGAUCUCGUUUCACCGACCAUAAUAUCUCGUUUUCCCCCGAUCUUGUUUCACAGGAAUACUAAAUUUGGUUUCUAGAUCUCCAACCCCUGGCAACAUCUCACCGAGAGAGACACUUUCAUCGCCGACCUUCACUCAUCUUGGUUCCCGAUCUCGAUACACCGACGAACACUGUCAUGACAUUACAUGUUUUCUGGUGUACUUUUAUAUAAAAUUGAUGCGUAUGAUAGUUUACUUUGCAAGCACCAGAACACAACCAUGGAGGCCAACACUCUCCAACAAUUAGGUCUAGUUUCAGAAUUUAAUCAGGUUAAAUUAGAUAAUCACUUUUGAUUACAUGACAAUUAGGGAGCAUGAUUGGUGAAUCGAGCAAUGAAGUAGGACUAAUACCACAAGGUAUUAUAAGAAUCAGAGGUCAGGCAGUAACUCAUGAAGAAGAAACCCAAAUUUUGAUACUGAAGCAUUACUAUCAUAAUCACCAUUUACCACACAUUAAAUCCCUUCGUUUGACAAUACUAAAUGUUCUAAUCCGAAGUCUCUCUAUCUCUAUCCUCUGAACUACUCACAUCGUUACCUUUUCCGUCAUCUUCAUCGCAGUCGUCAAUUUUUUCAGGUUACUCGGGGUUUUGUCCAUGGCUGAAAUGAGGCAACGACAGAUGUAGAUAGGAUGUUGAUUCUGGUUCCUUUGAAGAUGAUUGUGGCUUUUGGGGGCGAUUUGGAUUUUAAGCUAAAGUGAUGUAUCUUCUAUCAUGUAGCUGGAGGAUACAUCGAUGGAGGUUGCAGUAUUGUAGAACCCGCCGACAAAAUCAUAUGCUUCUGGAAAAAUUCAAGAUACCCAUGAAGUCGAUAUGCACCUCAAAAGCUACCAUGAAUCCGAAACCUAAAUCAGACACCAUAGGAGCAAGGCGAAGGCGUUAUAAUCGGAGACGGAAGCAGACACUAUCUCUAACGCCAUGGUUAUACGGGGUUGCAGAUGGGUUGAAGCCCAUUUUAGAUCCGUUCAAAUUGGUACCAAGUGCCUUUCAGAUAUGGUCGAAUUGGAAUGAAAUCAUACAAACCAUAAGUCUGAUUGAAUGGAAAGCAUACUGGGAUGAUUGA